CCAUCACCGAUAAGUGUAAAGUUCUCGCGGCCCGAUGUGGAUCACGGGUCAGUUUGUUUUCCUUCUGUUGGUGGCACUUGUUGCCGCUAAAACGAAAACCUCGGCGGUGCAGGAGGACAUUGCGGAGUACAAGGACUUUAAGAAGCUGCUGCGCACCAAGAACAAUGUCCUUACGCUCUAUGUGACCAGUGCGAAGGCCGCUGCCGCCGAGCUGAAGGUUUUCCGGGAGGCGGCGGAGGCGAUACGGGGAACCGGGACGAUGUUGCUCCUUGAUUGCAGCCAACAGGAUCGCAAGAAGCUGUGCAAGAAGCUCAAGGUCUCACCGGAUCCUUAUGCCAUCAAGCACUACAAGGAUGGCGACUUCCACAAGGACUACGACCGGCAGGUCAGUGUCGCCUCCAUGGUCACCUUUAUGCGGGAUCCCUCGGGCGAUCUGCCCUGGGAGGAGGAUCCCGCCGGCGAGGAUGUCCUGCACUUCAGCGACGCCACCUCCUUCACCAAGCACUUGCGCAAGGACAUACGACCCAUGCUGGUCAUGUUCCACGUGCCCUGGUGCGGAUUCUGCAAGAAAAUGAAGCCGGACUACGGCAAGGCGGCCACUGAACUGAAGACCAAGGGCGGUUAUCUCCUGGCGGCGAUGAAUGUGGAGCGCCAGGAGAACGCUCCCAUUCGCAAAAUGUUCAACAUCACUGGCUUUCCCACCAUGAUCUACUUCGAAAAUGGCAAGCUGCGCUUCACCUACGAGGGAGAGAACAACAAGGACGCCCUGGUGUCCUUCAUGCUCAAUCCCAAUGCCAAGCCCACGCCGAAGCCAAAGGAACCCGAAUGGUCGGCGGACACCAACUCGGAGAUUGUCCAUCUCACCACGCAGGGCUUUGAGCCCGCGCUGAAGGACGAGAAGGCCGCCCUGGUCAUGUUCUAUGCCCCCUGGUGCGGCCACUGCAAGCGCAUGAAGCCCGAAUACGAAAAGGCCGCCCUGGAGAUGAAGCAGAAGAAGAUUCCCGGCCUUCUGGCCGCUCUGGAUGCCACAAAGGAGCCGUCCAUUGCGGAAAAGUACAAAGUCAAGGGUUAUCCAACGGUCAAGUUCUUCUCAAACGGCGUCUUUAAGUUUGAGGUGAAUGUACGCGAGGCAUCGAAGAUUGUCGAGUUUAUGCGGGAUCCCAAGGAGCCGCCGCCGCCUCCGCCGCCGGAAAAGAGCUGGGAGGAGGAGGAGAACAGCAAGGAGGUGCUCUUUCUGGAUGACGAGACAUUCAGUUCAACGCUGAAGCGAAAGAAGCACGCACUGGUCAUGUUCUAUGCUCCCUGGUGCGGACACUGCAAGCACACCAAACCGGAGUUCACAGCGGCUGCGACGGCCUUGCAGGAUGAUCCUCGUGUCGCAUUUGUGGCCAUCGACUGCACAAAGCUUGCCGCGCUCUGCGCAAAGUACAAUGUCCGCGGUUAUCCCACCAUCCUGUACUUCUCUUACCUCAAAACCAAGCUGGACUACAACGGCGGACGCACCAGCAAGGACUUUAUCGCCUACAUGAACAACCCGCCGAACUCAGCGGACCGCACAGAGCUGUGAUAAGCUGCUGCCAAGCGUAACUAUACUUAUCUCUCACUAUUUUGCAAUCUCACUUCUUGUAUUAGCCCUAAUUGUAAUCGUUUCGUUAACAAGCAGCCUUUAAAGUCGUCUAGACUAUCGAAUAUUUUAUAGAAUAUAUGUAUGUGCAUUUUCUAACUGAAUAGCAUACUAAUAAAUUAUGUUAAAACUAA